AUGGCUGGUCCCCUGUGGCGGGCUGCAGCAUUUAUACAGAGACACAGGACAAGCCUCUUGGUAUCAUCUUGCUCAGGCCUGUUUGGGGCUCAGGUCUCAUACCACCUCAUCCCAGAUCCUUUGGUCCAAUGGCUGUACCAGUACUGGCCCCAGGGCCAGCCAGCCCCACUCUCUUUAGAGCUACAGAGCCUCUUCCAAGAGGUCCUCCAGGACAUGGGCAUCCCCUCAGGUCACUGCUACAAGGCUUUCACCACCUUCACCUUCCAGCCUGUGAGUGCCGGCUUCCCCAGGCUCCCAGCUGGUGCUGUGGUGGGCAUACCCGCCAGCUUCUUGGGUAGCCCAGUGACCAACACUGACCAGCCUGUGGUGGUACAUGGGCAAAGAGUGGACUGGCACACUCCAUCAGGCACCCGACUGAGAGAUGCCCUGACCCUGUCCCAUGAUGCCCAGAAGUUUGCCUUGGCCCGGGAGGUGGUAUACCUGGAGAGCAGUGCUGCUGUCCUGCAGAGCCUGCCCGCCCCAGCUUGUGUGGCAGGGACCUGGGCACUAGGUGUGGGUGUCAAGCAGGCACUGGGGCUCUAUGGCGGCCCCAUGAACUUGCGGGCUGCCUUCAACUUAAUGGCAGCAGUGGUGGGCUUUGUGGUCUAUGCUUUCGUCACAGACUCCCUCACUCAUACUCUGGAAGGCUGGCUGGACCGUCGCACGGCUUCCCUGUCUAAGGCCUAUGCCCAGGGGGGUGUGGAGUUCUAUGAGAAGGUUCUGUCAGGCAACCUGGCUCUGCGCAGUCUCCUGGGCAAACAUGGGGAGAAGCUGUAUACACCCAGUGGGAACAUCAUCCCCAGACACUGGUUCCGUGUCAAACAUCUACCCUAUACAACCCGCCGGGACUCUGUGCUACAAAUGUGGAGAAGGACGCUCAACCCAGGCCACUCCUGA